UAUAGUUGGCGUGGGACGUGGGUUGAGUGCAAAUCUCAAUUUUUCAGCAAACACCACCUACGACUCCGACUCACAUACAAAGAUGGAGUGGGAAGCAGACGAGAAAGAGGUAAAAGCCGCCGGAGCUGAGCUUCUACCAGACGGACGUAGAGGACUCCGCAUUCAUGGCUGGGAGAUCGAGUCUAGCAACCGUUCAAUCCUCACCUCUACUUCAAUUAUUGUCCAAUAAGCCAAUUGACUUAGGUAUUUACAUCGGAUUGGUGUUAAAGUUGUUAAACAAUCGAUUUUUUGUUUAAAGCACAUUGGAUAAGAGUUGAAUUCUGCGUAUUAAGUUGUCGUUAUAAUAUGUAAUUUCUUCGGCGAUGUUCCAGAGGCUCUUGGUAUAAUCUGUUUAGUAAAGCUUGGAAUUCUUAGGAAUUGGGAGAGUGAUCGAGUACUGCUGUUGUUUUGAUAUUACAUGAGGUCGCAAGGAGCUGUUUUCUGAAUUAUGAUUGAGUUUGGACAAAUCGAAAUGUUAUGAACCUUGAUUGACUAGCUAUUUUCCGGAGAUUUGGACAAAUGGAAAUAUAAACCUAGUUUGGUAUACAAAACUAGGGUACUUAUCCAAUAAUUUGGAUUCAUGGGUCAUCUGGCUGUCAUGUUUAACAGAAGAGAUUCUUGAUAAUUAGCAUGCUAUGAUUUUGACUAAGAAGGAGAUGUAAUCCCCAAUACCAGCCACCUCCCCUCUCCCUCCUUCCCCCAAAAAAUGGAAAAAGGAAAUAAAUGAAAACCUAGAUUUGCAUCUACAUUCUACAUAUCUAUUUAAUUUUAAACAGGGUGACACAAGUUAUAGAUAUUAACUUGGCUGGAAGAAGGAAGCCCUACCACCAGUUGAAGUCCCUGCAGCUGCACAGUGGAAAUUCAGAAGCUUAGAGUUGAUGGUGCCCUAAUGAGAUUGAGGGAUACUCGUGUCUUUUGCACUUUUAAUGAGAAUUCAAAGCCACUCAUCAUUCGAGAGAUUUGCUGGAGGGAAACUACAUUUAAGGCCCUUGCUUCUGUGGGAAGAAAAGCUUGAGACAACCCACUUGCCAGAGAUGAUGUUUGGGGACAGUUGUUUGGUUCUUAAGCACGUGAGCAGUGGCACACAAAUCCACUUCAAUGCUUUUGAUGCUUUACUUGGCUGGAAGAAGGAAGCCCUACCCCCAGUUGAAGUACCUGCAGCUGCACACUGGAAAUUCAGAAGAAUGGAUAUCCUUCUGAUUCUGCCUCAUACAACGAUCCAAACAUCAUCAGUCAAAGGCUUCCCAUUGUCUUUCACAACACCCAAAAGCUUAAAAUCCCUGAUACCUUGUAACUGUGAGCUUUACUUUAUUUAUUUUCAGUAA